AUGGCACUACUAAACAGGCUAACUUUCGAUUUUUUAAUAGAUACUAUCAAUCCAUGUGAUUCAGCAUCUCAUGGGAAGUUUGUUAAUGCUAAAAUUUUAAAUAAAUCAACAGUCGAUCAAAAGUAUAAACCUCAUUUCUAUGUAGUCGAUAAAGAAUCAACUCUCUAUAUUGUAACACGAUCAACCAGUUCGAAAGAAGACUGGUUGACAAAUUUUGAAGCUACAGAAGUGCAGUGUCAAUUUGGAUCGACUACAACACGAUGUCAUAAAGGAUUUUACAGAUCGGCGCAGUAUGUUUACAACAUAUCAAAGGAUUAUAUGAGUAACUAUACAGGGAAAAUUGUUAUUACAGGGCACUCUCUAGGAGGAGCUAUUACAAGCAUUGUAACUCAUAUGGCUUUAACCGAUCCUGACUUAGCUGAUAAAGAUAUAAUUGGAAUUGCAUAUGCUCCUCCACCAGCAAUGGAAUAUGUACCUCCAAAUAUUAGAUCCAAGCUUGCAGCUUUCAUGAAUUCAGAUGAUAUUGUUCCGAGAUUAUCUUAUCCUAACAUUCUUGCAACUUAUUAUGAUCAAAUUUCAAUUGGUGGCUCGGAAUUUCUCUCAAAAAUUAAAAAUGAUUUUCCGAUGCUUAGUUUUCUCACCACAAACAUGAAACAAAAGUUAAAUACAACUGUGUAUCAAUAUUAUCUGAAUAGAGACCUAUUUCAUGUUCAUUAUCCAUGGGGAACGCUUUUUCACUUAAAAGGUCUUUACCAGACGCUCAAUGAUACACAAAUAGAUCCUGUGUCAAUAGAUAGACUUGAAAUAUCAGAUAAUGCAACACUUGACCAUUAUCUCUCUAAAUAUCAGGAAAACAUCGAAAUCCUUUUUAAAGAUAAGCCAAACGAACAAUCAAAAGGAAAGGAUAAGGAUUUAACAAUAACUCUUUCUAUUACUGUACCAAUAAUUAUCUUAUUACUAGUGAUUGUAAUAGUUUUACUUGUAUUAUUAAUUAGCAGGAAUAGAAAAAUUGAAAAUAUUGAAAAAGAACUAAUUACCUCAGAUGUUUAA